UAGAAAACCAUCUAAAAUGCACCAUCAUCACAAUCACCUUCUUCUUCUUCUUCUUCUCCUUCAUAUAUACUCCGGUAGCAUUUGAUUAAAUUCCAGCAUGGCUGAGGAGAAACACCACCACCUCUUCCACCACAAGAAGGAGGAAGACGGCCCGGUGGACUACAAGAAAGAAGAGAAACACCACAAACACCUUGAGCACAUCGGCGAGCUCGGCGCUGCUGCCGCCGGAGCCUAUGCUUUGCAUGAGAAGCAUGAAGCAAAGAAAGACACAGAGCAUGGACACAGGCACAAGAUAGAGGAAGAGGUAGCAGCAGCGGUGGCAGUGGGAGCAGGCGGAUUUGCAUUCCAUGAGCAUCAUGAGAAGAAAGAAGCCAAGAAGGAAGAAAAAGAGCACGACGGAAAGCACCACCACCAUUUCUAAUUACUAAUUAAUUGCUCAAUCCUAAAUAAUGCCAUCAUAUCAUAUUAUAUAUAUAUAUGGCCGGGCUACUAUCUUGUUUACAAUAAUGUGUGAGCUGAGUGAACUUAUGUAUAAUCAAGAGAGUGGUGUUUAUUUACCUUGAAUUACAUAUGAUGUUUUAAUAUAUACUCUGCUCUAAUAGUUUAUAAGUAUGCAUGAUGUUGAACAACGAUGUAAUGUUUUAAAAUUGAGAUAUAUAUAUGUUAUGAUGUUGAACGAUGUAAGUAUGAUUUA